AUGAUUGAGAUAGAGACAACAGAUGGGCGCAUAUUUAAGAUAGAGGAAAAACAAGCAUAUAAGAGUGUUCUGAUAAAAAACGUGUGUACUUCAACUACAUAUAAGAAUCCUAUUGCCCUUCAGGUGUCAUCGUUCAUCUUUGAGAUAAUCCAAAGAUACAUGGAAGUAGACACCUCUCAACUAUCUAAGGAUUAUAAUCCAUUAGAAAUAAGAUUCAAGCAAUCGGAUCUCGAACUCUUCAUGGAGUAUGAUAGCAGGACGUUGCUAGAUAUAUGCAAUGGAGCAAACUAUCUUGAAUAUCCAUAUCUUCUUGAGCUAUGCUGUAAAAUUAUUUCAGAAAAGAUGAAGCAUAAAAACACAAGAGAGCUUGCAGAGUUUAUUGGUGUGGAGUGCAACAUCACGGAUGAAGAAUUGAUGAAGAUCGAGAGGGAGUUUGAAUGGAUAUCGUCUGACGAAUAG